UUAUCGUAGUUGAGAAUAUUAUCUUAGUUGUUUACACUCGUGAUUAUCAACUGUAGCGCCGGGAAGAAUUUGUUUUUGCCAGAGCUGUGUUUAUUUAUGCGAGUGGUAGAAGGAAAUGUAAUAUAUUAACAAAUUAUUAUAAAAGAAAAACAAAUGGGUUUGCUUUCAAUUCUUCGGAAGCUGAAGUCCUCUCCUGAGAAGGAACUCCGCUUAUUGUUGUUAGGCCUUGAUAAUGCUGGAAAAACAACACUACUCAAAAAACUUGCAUCUGAAGAUAUAUCACACAUCACUCCAACACAAGGUUUCAACAUAAAGAGCGUUCAGUCAGAAGGCUUUAAGUUAAAUGUUUGGGACAUUGGUGGACAACGAAAGAUUAGGCCAUAUUGGCGAAACUACUUUGAAAAUACGGAUGUUUUGAUAUAUGUCAUUGACAGUGCCGAUCGUAAACGCCUAGAAGAAACUGGACAGGAAUUAGAAGAGCUGCUGAUGGAAGAAAAGCUUUGUGGUGUACCAUUACUUGUCUAUGCCAAUAAGCAAGAUCUCCUCCAUGCAUUACCAGCAUCAGAAAUUGCUGAAGGCUUAGGACUGCAUACUAUUAAAGAUCGUCCUUGGCAGAUUCAAGCUUGCUCUGCCACUACUGGCGAGGGGAUAAAGGAUGGAAUGGAUUGGGUGUGUAAGAACAUCAAAAGGAAAUAAUUUUGCCAGUUAAAAUGUAUCCAUCAGGUACACUGAUACUCAAUUUUAAUAUUGAGUCAGUACAACAGCCACAUGAGAAUGAGUCUUCAGUGCAAUUGAGAUCUCACUUUUGAUUAAUUGUUUUAGUGUUCCAAGAGUUGUGGACCAUUAAAGGUUUUAGGUGCCUUCUUUUAGUUGUAAGCCAGUUGUUGAUACCCGUAAUGAAUUUUAUUUUUGUGUUUUUCAGCAAGGGUUAAAGAAAUGGCAUUAUGUAGUGUUAUGUGCUGAGAUAUAAAAGAGCGCAUUGUUGUAAUGGGAAGUUUUAAUUUAAUUUUGAUAGAAACUGUAGAUCUGUUUUCAAAAUGAUUGUAC